AUAUCAAUCUCGGACAAUAUGACUCCGGUUUUUUGAUCGUAAAAUGACAGAUAAGGGAUAUGGUGGUGAUCAGUCGCCGUCGUCGUGGGAUUUACCUGGGCCGUCAUCGCUAGGGGCCAUUCUGGACACGGUUUUCACUAAUACAGUUUCUGAUAGCCAACCUAGAAAUGGUUCAGAGGAAAUGGAAUGUGAUGCAUUAUUCGCAGAAAGUGAUGACGAAAUAGAAGUGCUUCCGUCGUCGUCUGAAAACAUGUCGUCGGGCCGUCGGGGACAGCCGCUGAACCGCGCCAUAUCUUCCAACUACAUCAAUUCAACUACACCUGAUGAACAAUACAAUGCAAAUGGUGCUCCAUUAGCACCUGGUGAUUCGUCUCGCACUCCAGUGCCUGAAGAAUAUCAGCCAUUGCCGGACAGUUCCAGCUCUCUGGAUUAUGCAGGAAAUAAUGUAAACAUGCCUAAUGGUCACAGGCGAUACCCAGAUAUCAGGUAUCAGCCAAAGCCUUUUGUAGCACACAGGGGCUACUUUUAUCCGAACUAUGCUCACUUCCCAGGUGCAGCACCUCACAUAAUGACACCGUAUCAUCCCAACAAUGUCAUUUUAUUGGGUGAUGACAGAACAUAUCUACCGCAUCCAAUGGCAUAUGCUUUGCCGCCUGGCCUCCCACCUCCACCAGAGCCAUUGAUGGCAAAUCGAGGAUAUGAAUGUGCACAGCCUGAUUUGAACAAUGCAUAUGGACCAGUGCCAGCGAAUGGUGAUCAUGUACACAAUACUCGAUCUACUCCAGAGAGACCCAGUCGAAAGCUAAACAUUUCUCCUACAAGGAGGCAAUCCAAAGAGAAUGAUCCUAAUCCAAGUUUAAUUGUAGUGAGUUCAGAGGAAGAGGACAAUGUAACUGUUCCAAGAAAAAUUCCUGCUCCAAAUGGUACUCAAGCCUCUGGGUCUACUGAAGCUCCAAGUAGCAGUGCAAUCAACAGCCAAAUUGAAUCAUCUUCGCAGCGAGUAGACAUCAAAAGAGAGCCACAUGACCAAACUGAGGUUUCUACACAAGCUGGUGGAGAUGCUGAGAGAAACAGAAACCUGCAAAAUCCAGAGCCAUAUGUGUGUGACAGACACCAGAGCAAUAUGCAGCAGCACUACUCCCAUGUACCUGAGCCCCCGCAUGGCAUGAAUUGUGGUUGUGCUCCACAGUUACACAUUAAACAAGAGUGCUCUGGCUGCCCCCCUGCUCAGCAGUAUGUGUACAAUGCCAGAGUAAACCAUCCUCCUGGGACUUGCAACUGCUCAGGACAACCCAAUGAUUGUGGCCAUCCAAUUCCUUACAAUUACCAAGAUCAAGCUUAUUAUCAGAAUUCACCUCACUAUCCAAAUCCUCCCCAUCCGUAUGAAGAUCCUUACCAAGGAGGACCUUAUUAUCCCUAUUAUCAUCCCCUUCUUCCUCCUCCUCCCCCUCCUCCUGUUAGAGCACACCACUUGGAAGGGAAUCCAUCUGAAGGCCAAAGUCUGCCUGCUACAACUGUAAAGGAGGAGCCCACAACUCCACCUGCUCAUGCAAGCGGCACCAAUACCAGUAUAAAGCAAGAAGCAAACACAACACAAACUUCUGUUGAUAAUGAUACUGGUCCUAGUACUUCUUUCAACAGAGUUGUAAAAGCAGAGACCACUAAACAACCACAAGUGAAAACAGAGCCAGGUGAUGCACCACUCACAAGGAAUAUAGAGAAUAGUGAAAAUGUGAAUGUCAAGACUGAAGGUAAUGAUACUAAGAGAUCUCACGAUAUUGAUGCUGCUGGAGACAGGAGGGUGAAAGAUCCUUCUCCACAGCCUGGAACUAGUUCAGGAAGAACCCAGCAGCCAGAGAACAGAUCAUUGAAUGUUUGUGGCCCGAAAUGUUGCAAUGAACGGAGUGCCCCUUGUGCACAAACGAGAGCUGUUGGAACACCCGCGACCGGGCGGCCGGGGCCAGCAGGCCCGCUUUCUGCGCCCGACUUGCAACUCGACUGGGUUUCUGACAGCUCUGAUGACGACGUACAAGUUUUGGGAGAAGAAAAUAAUGGGCGGGUGGUGAUAGACCUGACUGAGUCCCCGAGGCGGGAGUUCGAGGAGACGCCACCGUCAGCACAGGAAUCGCCCGCACGGCCGGCGUUCGAGCGUGCGCGUGUCGCUGAACCGCCCAUCUACCACGGACAACCGCCGCCACAACAUUUGCUACGAACCAGGGUCCGCGUGGGUGGGUGCAUGGUGGCUUGCCGUGGCUGUUGCUGCGCACCGCAUCACACGCACCACCCACAUUCGCAUCACACCCAUCCCGUACAGCCACACACUCACUUGCCGGAUCGUCGCCGUGAGUGCAUGUCAAUCGCGCCGCCGUACCUGGUGCACGAGCGACUGUGGCAGCGUCAGCAGCACAUGCUUGAGGUGCAGCGGCGCAGCAUGAUGGGCGAGAUGAGCGCGAGCUUCGGCGGAUUCGCCCAUUUCCCUCCCGCCUACACCGUGCCGCCCCCAACGGCUGUGCUCGCUGUCAGUACCUACCGUCCUAUAAUGUUCCCAGAUGAGUUCGAGCAGCGUGACAUGGCGUCCCUGCCUCCAGGGCUCCGUGCUCCGGCCCCUAUGAUGUUUGAGGGCCCACAUGUCCAUCACCACAUGCACCACUACAUGCAGAUGCAUCCACCGCAUCUGCACAUCUCCAUUCAACCCUCAAUUAUGACUCCGUCACCAGUGCUGGCUGCGGCUCAAGUUGCGGCCAUGGUUCGCGAAGCAGAAGCGGCUGACGCCAGGCGUGCGGCGUCGCGUGGAGCCACGCGCGCUGUCAUCGAGCGGAACACUUACCGUCACAUGUACGCACACCCUGGGCCUUUGCACCAGGAUGAGAAGUGCACCAUUUGCCUCUCAUUAUUCGAGGUCAAUUCCGACUGCCGGCGGCUGCCGUGCAUGCAUCUGUUCCACAUGGAGUGCGUCGACCAAUGGCUGAGCACCAAUAAGCACUGCCCCAUCUGCCGCGUGGAUAUCGAAACGCGUCUCAACAAAGACGCCACCACCUAAGGUUCCCGCGUAUUACAACUGCGCUUACCAAACCUAUCACCUAUCCAAAGUCUUUUAAUUUAAAUACCUAAUUACUAAUAAACAUCC